CAGCGACAUCGACGCGGGAAAUUUACGUUGCAGUUAACAAAUCUUUCGCUAAGCGCCACGUGUCGUUUUUCCUCUGUCAGUUUGUUUUCCGUUUCUGAUUCCAAAUCCACACAACGGUAACGACUUUGGAAGUUGGAAGUUGGAAACUCCGUUCAUCAAUGGCAUCUGAAAUUCCUAACGAGAAAAACUCCCUCUAUCCGCAGGUAAUAGUCGAUGUAAAGCCCGAAGCAUCUUCUUCCAACCCUUCCUCCAAUCUUUACCCCAAAAUCGACGAGGUCGAAAACCUCAUCCCCAACGACUUGAGCGCCUCCGCCCCGCCGCUCGCCGCCGAGGAGGUUCUCAUCAAGGUCCCCGGCGCCAUCCUCCACCUCAUCGACAAGGAAUGCAGCGUGGAGCUCGCCUGCGGCGACCUCAAAAUCAUCUGCCUCCGCCAGGGGACGAAUAUAGUCGGUUUUUAUGCAAAUGUCGGCGAUAUACAGUGGCCCAUGGCAAAAGACGAGGCGGCGGUAAAGGUCGACGACUCGCACUACUUCUUCUCCCUCCACAUGCCGAACGAAUCCAAAUCAGAUUCCUCCAGUGAUGAGGAGGAAAAAAGAGGACUAUUUAACCUCCGCCGGAACCGGAAGAAGAAAAAGAAGGACUCCGUUCCCAGCGUGAUGAGCUACGGCUUAACGAUAGCGUCGAGGGGGCAGGAGGAUUUGCUGAAGGAGUUGGAUAAGGUGCUUCAGGAAUGCAGUGCUUUCUCGGUGCAGAAGGUGUCGGAGGAGGCGAAGAAGGAGGGGGAGGCGUUGGAUGCGUCGGUGGCGAAGGAGGUAUCGCCGGCGGAUUUGCAGACGGAGGAGAAGAAGGAGAUGAUGGAGGAGAAGUGUGCUGCGUAUUGGACCACGUUGGCUCCUAAUGUAGAGGAUUACAGUGGAACUGCUGCGAAACUUAUUGCGGCUGGUUCUGGACAACUGGUGAAGGGGAUUUUGUGGUGUGGGGAUGUGACGGUGGAACGGUUGCGGUGGGGGAAUGAGAUCAUGAAGACAAGGAUGGCUCCGGGUUCACAGGAAGAGGUUAAUCCCGAAACCCUGAAGCGGAUCCAAAGGGUUAAGAGAAUGACCCAAAUGACAGAGAAUGUAGCAAAUGGGGUCCUCACUGGGGUUGUGAAGGUCUCUGGAUAUUUCACCAGUUCACUUGUAAAUUCAAAAGCGGGAAAGAAAAUUUUCAGCCUCCUACCUGGCGAAGUUGUGCUUGCAUCAUUGGAUGGAUUCAGCAAAGUGUGCGAUGCUGUUGAAGUAGCAGGAAAAAAUGUGAUGUCAACGUCAAACACUGUUACAACCGAGCUUGUCAGUCACAGAUAUGGAGAUGAAGCUGCAAAGGCAACAAGUGAAGGACUGGAUGCUGCUGGUCAUGCUGUGGGGACUGCUUGGGCUGCAUUUAAGCUUCGACAGGCUUUGAAUCCUAAGAGUGUUAUAAAACCUACUGCACUCACCAAAUCUGCGGCUGAAGCUGCUGCUGCUGAAAUUAAGGCUAAAAUGUCCAAGUGAUUUCUGCCGGUACUUCUUCAAUUAAGCUUUUCACCAUCAUAACAUCAAUAGCCACUGCUAUUCAUUCUAGACAGCUACGAACAUUCAUUUAUGAUUUUAUUUGUUUUUUUUUCCUUUAUGGUAUGUGUGUGUAUAUAUAUACAUAUCCAUUCUCAUUACCAUGAUGUCUGAUCUUUCAUCAGCUUUAGACUUUUCCCAAGUGUAAAUAAAAUACAGGAUAAUUCUACUUGCAGACAAUUUUUU